GGCUUUGCUACCCCUAGAGAAUUAUCCAUAUUAAGAACUUGCAUUAAUAUUCUGGGUUCUGUUUCAUUUUUUAGGGUCUCAAGAGCAUGCUCAAGUCAUUCACGUGUUUCCAUCAAAUACAGACACAGAUCAGGGAAGAUUAAACCCUACUAAUUUCUCAUCAGAUGCCUCAGAACAAAGUGCCUUCCAAGAACUAAUGGUCAAAAUAUCCACCCACAAGACAAAUAAGCUUAUAAAAUCUCUUCUUACAAUCCUGACAUAAUGGAAGUUUCCCUAAACCACCCAGCAUCUAAUACAACCAGCACAAAGAACAACUCAGCAUUUUUUUACUUUGAGUCCUGUCAACCCCCUUCUCCAGCUUUACUCCUAUUACUUAUAGCCUAUACUGUGGUCUUAAUUGGGGGCCUUUUUGGAAACCUCUCUCUCAUCAUCAUCAUCUUUAAGAAGCACAGAAAAGCUCAGAAUUUCACCAGCAUACUGAUUAUCAAUCUCUCCCUCUCUGAUAUCUUGGUGUGUGUCAUGUGCAUCCCUUUUACUAUCAUCUACACUCUGAUGGACCACUAGAUAUUUGGGGAUACCAUGUGCAAACUCACAUCCUAUGUGCAGAGUGUCUCAAUCUCUGUGUCCAUAUUCUCACUUGUACUCAUUGCUGUCGAAAGAUAUCAGCUAAUUGUGAACCCCCGUGGCUGGAAGCCCAGUGUGACUCAUGCCUACUGGAGCAUCACACUGAUUUGGCUGUUUUCCCUUCUGCUGUCUAUUCCCUUCUUCCUGUCCUACCACCUCACUGAUGAGCCCUUCCGCAACCUAGAACAAACCUCCCCUGUAUCUAUCAAAUUUGAACUGCAGCUUAUUUGUAUGUUAAAAAUGUAACUGUAAGCUGGACUCAGCAACUUACACCUGUCAUCCCAGCCCUUUGGGAGGCCAAGGUGGGAGGAUCACUUUUGCUCAGAAGUUGAAGACCGGCCUGAGCAACACAGUGAGACUCCAUCUCUACUAAAAAUACAAAAAAUUAGCCAGGUGUGGUCAUG